GUUGACAGAGUUGAAAAAAGAUAUCUUUCAGAAGCUUACAAAAUUGAUAAACCUGUGAGUAAAUAUAUAUAUAUAUAUAUAUACAUAGCUCUAGUAUACCUAUACCCAUAGCUCUAGUAUACCUAUUGAGCGCUUUCAAUACACGUUGAUGAGGUCUACACACCACAACCUGUUAUAUAUAUAUAUAUAUAUAUAUAUAUAUAUAUAUAUAUAUAUAUAUAUAUAUAUAUAUAUAUAUAUAUAUAUAUAUAUAUAUAUAUAUAUAUAUAUAUAUAUAUAUAUAUAUAUAUAUAUAGUUUUAAUUAUAAAUUUUAAUAUAUAUAUAUAUAUAUAUAAUUAUUAAGUUUUUGUUCUAUUCAUCAUUUUUCUAUUUCAAUCAGCUAUUUACAGAGUAAUAAGAUUAACGAAAUUGAAGAAGGAUCAUUUAACAAUUUAGAUUCUAUUCAGCAAAUGUAAGUGUGAACUUUCUUCACGUUUUCGUACUGAUUCUUUAACUUUCUCAAUUACAAUUUUACUCCUUGUUGUUCACUUGCUCAUUAGCUCCCUGCUCCUUAUAGCUCCUUUCAUCACCUGACUCUUUAGUUUUCAUUGACAGUGGCGUUGCCAGCCCGACAAUUUAGUGCCUCUAUUCCUACACAAAUUCAAAAUUAUUAUCAUUCAUUUCUUUAGAUUGUUUUCACAGUCAAUGAACACAAAAAUAUUUGCAUAGGCAUAGCGGGACUAAAUCGUCGGGCUGGCUACGCUAUACUGUUCAUUGAUACUUUGGUUGUUGUUGUCCUUUUAUAUUAUUCAGAAAAUUACAAUUAGUUACAAACUAUAUAUAUAUAUAUUAAUCUGUUCUGAAAGUACAUACGAGUGGACCACGAGUAACUACGAGUUAUAAAAGGCGAAAAACGUUUUGUUUUCGUGGUUUUCACUAGCGGGAAUAACACUUGGGUACCCAAUCAUUUUGCCGAAAGACACUUUGCCGAAAGACAUUUUACCGAACGAACAUUUUGCCGACGGACGUUUUGCCGAACGGGCGUUUUGCCGAACGGACAUUUUGCCGAACGGACAGUUUGACGAACAGACAACUUACCGAAAAUAGAGAUAUCUUCUGAGUAAAGGUUCCCUUACACGGUCAAAGUUUCCGUGAUUAAAGUCAUUGUCGAUUUUGAUGAAAAAUACUUUGAUAGUGAAGCAUAGUUUCGUUUUAUACUUUCAAGUUUUUGACAAGUUUAACGAAAUUUCGCGAUAUAAAGAAUGACAACAUUCAACAUCAUUCAUGAAUGCGAUUUCCCCGAGAACUGUGAAUGUAUUCCGUGGUUCUCGAAGUGAAAUUCGCUUACGUGGUUGCCUUUAAUUAUAAACGCUUGUUUUUUACGACCUGACGACCUGACGUCAAAACACGUUCCUAACAAGUGAGUCAUCCGCUGCACAAACAAGCUACCAAUAGUGAAAAUGGUUAUUUACUGCUAAUGACUCAUUAUGCACUGCAGUAGGUUACCCCCCCCCCCCCCCCCCCCCCCCCUAUCCAGCACCGGAAAUAAUUCAAGCGAAUGAAUGCAUGUAUGACGUCAACAGGGGUGUGCGUCCAAGAUUUCGUACAUAGUGUACGCCCAAGAGUUUGUACUUAGUGUACGCCCAAGAGUUCGUACUUAGGGUACGCCACCAACACUCGGCAUGAGAUACAAACCCAUUCUUACGGGCAGAGUAAACUGAAUUGCGUAAUUUGCCCAUUGUAUAAAUUAUGCAUGAUACGUCACUUAAUCCGCUGGCAGAGGUACUGUAUGCACUCCGAGUGUCCUCUAGUUGCUGCUGUUUUCUGUUGUUGUUAUAACGCAUAUAUAAUGUUUACCAAAUGUCGUCACGAGCCUUUGAAAGUCACAUCGAUACACGUUUUAUCCUUUGUAUUGUCAUCAAACGCGGAUAUAUGCCUUUUAAAUGGACUGUACGUGUUUUAUAAAGCAUGGCGGCGUUUUAUGCCGAAGGAUAAAACUCACAAAUUUCUUUCAAAUGACGUUAUAUGACAACAUGUCCUCCGCCCGCCCGCCAUCCAUUAGUACGUCCGUCCGCCACCCGUCCGUCCGUUCGCCACCCAACCGUCGGUCCAUCCGUAUCCGAGUUUUAACCUAACCUGGUUGCUGUUGUUGCGGUUACUUUUGCUGUUGUUGUUCCUGUUGUGAAUGAAUGAGUGUUAUCAUUUUUCUUUCUUCAUUGUCGGUUGUAACCGCUUUUUUCAUCUUUUUAGCAACAUGGGAAACAACGAAAUUAAGAAUAUCCCCACAUUCCCGUCCUUGGCACAGCUUGAGAAAAUGUAAGUGCUGUAUUUUGUAUUUCACAAACUUCUUGGAAAAUAUGAACAAAAUUACUAAUAUUGGUCCUAAUUUGAGAGGAGAGACCUAAUUUGUUAUAAUAUUAAUAUGGUUAGUAUAAUAAGCAAUGUCACUCUUUUAGUGCUGCAAUCUCGUGGUAUUAAGUAGAGUGUUUGUUUUCAUUUGUUCAUUUAGAAAUCUCAAAAAUAACAAGUUGCAGAUGAUGGGAAUUAUGGCAUUUAGUAAAUUACCAAAACUUAAUGAUUUGUAAGUUUUACAUUGAUUAUUGUAUGGGGAAAAUAGAACCGUAAUUGACC